AUGAUGAUGAUGAUGAAUUACCAUAAACCCACUACUCAACUUGACGGAUCACAUAAUAAUCUGCCCCCUGGCUUCAGGUUCCAUCCAACCGACGAAGAACUCAUCACCUAUUACCUUCUCAAGAAAGUAUUCGACUCUAAUUUCACUGGAAGAGCAAUUGCUGAAGUUGAUCUUAACAAAUGCGAGCCAUGGGAGCUUCCAGAAAAGUCGAAGAUGGGGGAGAAAGAGUGGUACUUUUUUAGUUUGAGGGAUAGGAAGUAUCCAACUGGGCUGAGGACGAACAGGGCCACCGAGGCUGGCUACUGGAAGGCAACCGGAAAAGAUAGGGAGAUUUUUAGCUCAAAAACUUCUUCUUUGCUCGGUAUGAAGAAAACCCUAGUUUUCUACAAGGGACGUGCCCCUAGAGGACUCAAGACCAACUGGGUUAUGCAUGAGUAUCGUCUUGAAGGCAAGUUCGCAUAUCAUUAUCUCUCUAGGCCCUCCAAGGAUGAGUGGGUUAUAUCACGGGUGUUCCAGAAAAGCGGCGGCGGCGGCGGAGCAGUACCCACGUCCGUCAUUGGCGGUGGAAGCAAGAAAAGUUUGAACCGUUUGAUGAUAAAUCCAUGCCCUAAUUUCAUCUCAUCUGAUAUAAACUCUCCGUCGUCUGCGGCGUCUGUUUCUCUCCCCGGCCUUCUAGACUUCUGUGCAACGGCCUCGUCUGAAUCAUUUGACGGUGGUUCCUCCACCAACGAAGCUUCAAAGGAGCACGUGCCCUGUUUCUCCACCAUGUCUGGUAGUAACUUCAACCCUAUUAAUGCUCCAUUUAAUUACUUCCCUCCGCCGCCGCCGCCGCCAUCAAGGAUGAAUAUCAGAAAUGUAAGUACCGCCGCCGCCGCCUCCAUGCCAAUGAUGGAUAAUUUGCAUAUGCCUUUUUACUUUUCAAAUAACGGCGGUGGCGGCGGCGAUAUUGGCGGAUAUGCUCCGGUGGGGAGGUAUGAAAUGAAUGAAGGAGGCGGCGGCGACAAGUUUGAUUACAUGUGGAGUAUCUAG